ACUUAACACAUUCAUGCUAACAACGUAGGUAUACGUCGAAAAUCAAUCUAAGUGAUGUAGCACAUCGUUUUAUCACGCCGAAAUAAAAACAUGAGUAAAGCGUAGAACGUACAAGAACGUUGGAUAUCCGUAUAAAAAUCAUAAAACUACGUACUAGCGCCACACCAUAUCUAAAUCUCGGACUUCUAGCGCCACUGGAAAUGUGUUUUAUUUCAUAAUGAUUCCCAGUCACUCACACAGUUACAAGUACCCACACCACAAACGCACAACGUCAUCACACGGUGACCUUUGUACGCGCCGCCAUACUGUCAGUGAGGCUGUUGCGCUCGCAGCGGGAAUACGACGCAAACCAAUUACGCGCGAAAUCACCGUCAUGGAAAGUAAGAGGAAAUCUAAAAAAAGACGACCCAAAGGAAAAGACAAAAAUGAGACCUGCAAUAGAAAAAAUACGACGAAAUCUAUUGAAAUGGACACGGAGGAGAAACGACCACAACGGACGAACAAGGCUUCAAUGAAAAUGUUUGAAGAUAAUGUCUCGUCACGGCAAAGUACACCAGACCCAUGUAGCGACGAUGGAGAGUAUGGCUCCGAUGAAGAAUAUGAUCCAGCCUCUGACGAUUCAGACAGCAGUGUUGUUAGUGAUUUGGAAUUUUGUUGCAGACGCACUAAACCAUCGUUGGGGAGCAGGUCUGAGUCUGAAGUUGGUACAGAUAAUGACGAUGAUAACGAAACCGAUUCGUUUUCGGAAGCUUCAAGUAAUAGCAGUAUUUUUGACUCUCAUCGCCGCCACCGUUUAGCUCUUAAACGUUCCCAUUCAACCACUUCAAACAAUGGCACAAACAAACCUAAAACAAAACAGGCGAAAGUUGAACAUGCUGAUGACAGUGCAGACACAAUUUCUUUGCAUUCAGAAACUUUAAGGAACAACUUGGGUGAUAUAAAUGUUUUAGAAAUCUCAUCUUUGCUUCCUGACCCGACAGAAAUAGAAAAUAUGUCAAUUUGUACGAGAAAUCAGUCACCUCUGGCAUCGCCGCCGCCACCGGAUCCGGUUGAAGCUGAAAGAAAUGACUCACCUGCGUCGCCGCCGCCACCGGAUCCGGUUGAAGCUGACAGAAAUGACUCACCUGCGUCGCCGCCGCCACCGGAUCUCGUUGAAGCUGAAAGAAAUGACUCACCUGCUUCGCCUCCGCCACCGGAUUCGGUUGAAGCUGAAAGAAAUGACUCACCUGCGUCGCUGCCGCCACCGGAUCCGGUUGAAGCUGAAAGAAAUGACUCACCUGGUUCGCCGCCGCCACCGGAUCCUGUUGAAGCUGAAAGAAAUGACUCACCUGGUUCGUCGCCGCCACCGGAUCCGGUUGAAGCUGAAAGAAAUGACUCACCUGGGUCGCCGCCGCCACCGGAUCCGGUUGAAGCUGAAAGAAAUGACUCACCUGCGUCGCCGCCGCCACCGGAUCCGGUUGAAGCUGAAAGAAAUAACUCACCUGCGUCGCCGCCACCACCGGAUCCGGUUGAAGCUGAAAGGAAUGACUCACCUGCGUCGCCGUCGCCACCGGAUCUGGUUGAAGCUGAAAGAAAUGACUCACCUGGGUCGCCGCUGCCACCGAAUCCGGUUGAAGCUGAAAGAAAUAACUCGCCCCGUGCGUCACUAAUGCCAUCAAGAUCUGAAGAUGCCCAAAGAAAUAAUCCGACCGGAAUCCCGGAAGAGGGUAAUGUUAGACAGUCUGGUAAUGACAUUGAAGCUCCAAAUGACUGGGAAACUACAAAAGCGUUGUUUGAAUUUGAUGCCCUUUCUGCGGGUGCUCAAUUUAAUGUCGGCCCAGGUACGACGGUCAUAGAUGUUUUUCAUAAAACGUAUAUAAACGUAAAUUACUUAAAAUGCAAAUUAUGCACAAAAAAGAAAAUUAGAAAAGAAACUGGUCUAAGAUGCAAAGGCUGUGACGAUAAGCCAGCAUUAUGUGCUCUUUGUUUCGAAGAAUGGCAUAGCCAGGUAUAAUUUGUAGCUGUCUUGUCAGUUGUAUCUUAGAUACCAGGGUUUAAUCAGUGGUCAAUUGUUAAAUUUAAUUCUAAGUACAAAAAAUAUAUGUGUGAUUUCAUGGGCCAAGAUAUAAUCAAAGAUGCUUUUAGAUUUAAGUGCAAUUGCUAAUCAAGAAAUAUUAUUGUUAUAUCAAGACUGAUUAGUACGAAUUUAAAUAUUAGCUUUUCAGGAUAUUGUUAAUUAAAAACGUACAAUUAUAAUAUUAUUAGAUACCUAUAAAUAGGUUAAUUAUUCUAGUAUGAAGCUAUAUCCUAAAUUGUGAGACUGAUUAAGAAAAAAUAAUAAAAACAAACAUAACCUUUAGUGUUUUAUUGACUGAAUAAUACCUAAAAACUACAUAA